AUGGCCGCCAUCCGCAAGAAACUGGUGAUCGUUGGUGAUGGAGCCUGUGGCAAGACAUGCCUGCUCACAGCUUUCAGUAAGGACCAGUUCCCUAAGGUGUAUGUGUCCACGGUGUUUAAGAACUACGUGGCAGGCAUCGAAGUGGACGGAACGCCGGUGGAGCUGGCUCUGUGGGACACAGCUGGGCGGGAGCAUUAUGCCCACCUGAGGCCCCUCUCCUACCCAGACUCCGAUGUCAUCCUGCUUUGCUUCUCCAUCGACUGCCCUGAGAGUUUAGAAAACAUCCCAGAGAAAUGGAUCCCGGAGGUCAAGCACUUCUGUCCCAACGUGCCCAUCAUCCUGGUUGGGAACAAGAAGGAUCUUCGGGACGACGAGCAAACUAGACAGAAGUUAUCCAAGAAGAGGCAGAAGCCCAUACGACCUGACCAGGGCAGAGAUAUGGCAAACACGAUUGGCGCCUUGGGGUACAUGGAGUGUUCAGCAAAGACCAAAGAUGGCGUGAGGGAGGUUUUUGAAAUGGCCACCAGAGCUGCUCUGCAAACCAGACGUGGGAAGGAAAAAUCUGGGUGCUUUAUCUUGUGA